CCGGCCCAGUCGGCCAGCAGCAGCAGCAGCAGCAGCCGCAAACCCCUCGGUAGCGGAGGUGGGAAUAGCAGCGGCGGAGCAGGCCUCGGCCCCAGCGGGAUCCCGGCUGGAGGAAGCGCCGGAGGCAGGCAGAAUCUGGGCAGAGGUCGCAGCAGUGGCAAAAGUCUGCCUCAGCCUUCAAUUUCUUUCCCUGGUAUAUAUGCGAACAUGCGGAUGGUUCACAUUCUCACAUCAGUUGUCGGAUCAAAAUGUGAAGUCCAAGUGAAAAAUGGAAAUAUAUAUGAAGGAGUUUUUAAAACUUACAGCUCUAAAUGUGAUUUAGUGCUUGAUGCAGCUCAUCGAAAGACUGCAGAAUCUAGCCCGGGUCCAAAACGAGAAGACAUAAUAGAGAGUAUCUUGUUCAAGUCUUCGGAUUUUGUGAUGGUGCAGUUCAAAGACAUGGAUUCCAGUUAUGCACGGAAAGAAGCAGAUGCUUUUACAGAUUCUGCAAUCAGUGCUAAAGUUAACGGCGAACACAAAGAAAAGGAUCUUGAGCCUUGGGAUGGUGGAGAAGGCACUACUACAGAUGAGCUUGAAGCUUUGGAAACCGAUGUUUCUAAUGGAUGGGAUCCUAAUGACAUGUUUCGAUACAAUGAAGAAAACUAUGGUGUAGUGUCAACUUACGACAGCAGUUUGUCUUCAUAUACGGUACCCCUUGAGAGGGAUAAUUCCGAAGAAUUUUUAAAAAGGGAAGCCAGAGCGACCCAGUUAGCAGAAGAAAUUGAAUCUAGUGCUCAGUACAAAGCUCGAGCUGCUUUGGAAAACGAUGACCGGUCAGAAGAGGAAAAAUACACAGCUGUUCAGAGAAGUGCUAGCGAGCGAGAAGGCCAUAGUGUGACCCCCAGGGAGAAUAAGUACAUUCCACCUGGACAGCGGAAUAGAGAUGUUCUUUCCUGGGGAACUGGAAGGCAGAAUUCACCAAGGAUGGGCCAGUCUAGUUCAGGCCCACCAAUUUCAAGAUCUGGUUCUCACUCAUCGGACUACAGUUCUAACUCUGGAGCAGACCAAAGAGUAGUUAAUGGAGGUGUUCCCUGGCCAUCGCCUUGCCCAUCUCCUUCCUCUCGCCCACCUUCUCGCUACCAGUCAGGUCCCAACUCUCUUCCACCUCGGGCAGCCACCCCUACAAGGCCGCCCUCCAGGCCCCCUUCGCGGCCGUCCAGGCCCCCGUCUCACCCCUCUGCUCAUGGCUCUCCAGCUCCUGCCUCUACUAUGCCUAAACGCAUGUCUUCAGAAGGACCUCCACGGAUGUCUCCAAAGGCACAGCGGCACCCUCGAGGCCACAGAGUCUCUACUGGGAGGGGCACAAUUUCAAGUGGCUUAGAAUUUGUCUCUCACCCCGUGCCAGGAGAAGCCACCACACCUUCAUCGGCCCGAGGCAGCCCUUCAGGUGGGACAUGGUCAUCGGUGGUCAGUGGUGUCCCUAGGUUGUCCCCUAAAGCGCACAGACCCCGAUCUCCAAGGCAGAGCAGCGUUGGCAGUGUGCCUUCUGGGCCAGCUCUGUCUUCUCCUCAAGCUGGCUCUACUCCAGCAGAGCCAGUAGCUGCACCUGUUCUAGCUGCAUCUCCUACCCCAGCCAGCCCUGCAUCCAUUAGAGCAGGUACACCAUCAGCUGAAGCUAAAGAUUCAAGACUUCAGGACCAGAGGCAGAGUUCUUCUCCUGCUAGCACCAAGGAACCCCUGAAGCCAAGUGAAAUGUCUCCCAGCUUUAGCAAACCUGAAAACAAAGGCGUGUCUCCAGCUGUUCUAGAACAUAGAAAACAGAUUGAUGAUUUAAAGAAGUUCAAGAAUGAUUUUAGGUUACAACCCAGUUCCGCCCCAGAAACAGUGGAACAGCUGCUAACCAAAAACAGAGAUGGUGAAAAAUCCAGAGAGGUUCCUAAGGAGAAGGGUGACGCCAGCUGUAAGGACUCUGUAACUGAAACUGGCGGCAAUGCCACCUCAACCAGUGGCAGCAGCAAAUCAAACAGCCCCAGUAUUUCACCACCUGGUGGCAGCCUGGAGCCAAAGCGAGGGCCUGAGGUGACCUCGCAAGGAGUGCAGACCUCUGGCCCCGGAGCGAAGCAGGAGAAAGAGGAGAAAGAAGAGAAAAGGGACACCACCGAGCAAGUUAGAAAAUCAACACUGAACCCUAACGCAAAGGAGUUCAACCCUCGAUCAUUUGCUCAGCCCAAGCCUUCCACCACACCAACGUCACCCCGUCCUCAGGCCCAGCCCAGCCCUUCCAUGGUGGGCCAUCAGCAGCCCACUCCGGUGUACACCCAGUCGGUUUGUUUCGCACCAAAUAUGAUGUACCCUGUUCCCGUGAGUCCAGGUGUUCAGCCUUUGUACCCCAUUCCCAUGACGCCUAUGCCAGUCAACCAGGCCAAGACCUAUAGAGCAGGUAAAGUAUCAAAUAUGCCCCAGCAGCGGCAAGACCAGCACCAUCAAAACACCAUGAUGCACCCUGCCUCUGCUGCCGGGGCUCCUAUUGUUGCUACACCACCGGCUUAUUCAACGCAGUACGUCACCUACAGCCCCCAGCAGUUCUCCAACCAACCUCUCGUUCAACAUGUACAGCAUUACCAGUCUCAGCACCCCCACGUCUAUAGCCCUGUAAUACAGGGCAAUGCCCGGAUGAUGGCACCACCGGCACACCCGCAGCCCGGCUUAGUUUCUUCCACCGCUACGCAGUACGGUGCGCACGAGCAGACCCACACGAUGUAUGCAUGUCCCAAAAUACCCUACAGCAAGGAGACAGGUCCUUCUUUCUACUUUGCCAUUUCCACUGGUUCCCUUGCUCAGCAGUAUGCCCAUCCCAGUGCCACCCUGCAUCCGCACCCGCAGCACCCACAGCCUUCUGCCACACCCACAGGGCAGCAGCAGAGUCAACAUGGGGGAAACCACCCAGCUCCCAGCCCAGUGCAGCACCAUCAGCACCAGGCUGCCCAGGCCCUCCACUUGACAAACGCCCAGCAGCAGUCGGCCAUCUACCACACUGGUCUUGCGCCAACUCCUCCUUCCAUGACCCCAGGCUCAAGCACACAGUCUCCUCAGAGCAGCUUCCCUGCAGCUCAACAGACGGUCUUUGCCAUCCAUCCUUCCCACGUCCAGCCCGCCUACACCAACCAACCGCACAUGGCCCAUGUCCCCCAGGCCCAUGUGCAGUCGGGAAUGGCUCCUUCUCACCCAACUGCCCAUGCUCCAAUGAUGCUCAUGACAACCCAGCCACCACCAGGUGGGGCCCAAGCCGCCAUUGCGCAAAGUGCACUACAGCACAUUCCAGUUUCAACAGCGACACACUUCCCCUACAUGGCACACCCUUCAGUACAAACCCACCAUCAACAGCAGUUGUAAAGCUGACCUGGAGUAACUGUGAGGCUGGAUCCCUCUUUGUCUCUUUCUUUCUUUUCUUUUUUUUUUUAGGCCAAAUACCUUCCUUCUCCUGCUUCUACCAACUUGGAAGCACAGAAACAAAAACAGAAAUCAAAACAAAAUCUAGUAUUCCACUUUAUUUUUGUUUCUAAGAGGAAAAAGAAAUCUUGUAACAUCCAAUAGGAAUGCUAACAGUUCACUUUGCAGUGGGAGAAAUUCGGACUGAAACAAAAGGCAUGUAGAGCCCUUGUGGGACGAUUCCAUAAUUCCAUGUGUUGUGUCAAAAAAGGAAAACAAAACAAAAAAAGCCCUGCCCCAUUUCCGCUUGCAGAUAAAACUGGAAAAAAAACCUAUUUAUUUUUUAAAGCAACCCUUCAAAGUCACAAAUUCAUCAGCUAGAGAAAGACGUAACGAGAGUGAUUCUUGCUGCUAUUCUCACUAUAAAAAAAAGAAAUUAAAUGAACAUAAAAAAUCAAUACCUUUUACUUCUAACUAAACUUGAAAGAGGUUUGAAAAAAAAGCAAGUUCUAAUCGUCAAGCAGAUACGGAUUUAUUAUUUAUAAAAUCAUGUUUGAUGACGGGGGAAAGCCACUGCCACAAGGCAGCGGUGUAACUUUUAAGUUAAGAGGAAACUUUUACUUUGUAGAUAAUAUAAAAUAAAAACUUUAAAAAAAAUUAAAAAUAAAAAAGUUUUAAAAACUGA